CAAUCACAGGGAUCAAUCAUCAUGUAUUUAGAAAGUAGUUGUAUCCUGCAUAUCGGUCGCGAAGUUGGUUUACCCAACUAGGCCAAAAUACGAAUCCGUACCUAGCCUAGUAGGCUGUGGUUUAUAAUCCAACUCGCGAGGGGUCAGGGUAAAUUAAUUCACACACACACACACACACACACACACACACACACACAUAUAUAUAUUGUAACGUGCAGAAUAAUGCCUGUCGCCUCGCAGAAACAUGGAAACGUCAGUGAUUCUUGGGGGACCAGCCACGCCCGGGGUAGGACAAAGGAAUAAUAGUCGUUAGGUCAAUUGGGCACGGCUGAGAGAUGACUCUGCGGUCUGGUCAAGUGAUCCAUCUAAAUUCUUCGCAGUGGCCCAUUCGUUUAUGUCACGUAGAAAGCGACGAGCAGUCCCAAUUCGAAUCCCGCGCUAAACGAAGAAGCCAGAGUCUGGAUCCUCGAGGAUCAGUUCAAGAUCUAGAUGAUUCUCCAAAAUCACCUGGCAAAUAUUGCGGAAAUCAGCUUUGUAUGCCUCCCCAACGACACGUGACUCCAGCCAUUUGCAGUAUUCUCUCACAGCUGUGUCACGAGGCCCGCAAUCAUCAGCCGCUCCUCAGAAAAGGGCCUAGGUAGAGAUGAAGUAAUCACGGGCGCACUGCCGUUUUGUGCUGGUGGAACAUUGACAAUUGUUGGAGGAUAUGGGUGUCCCGUUGUUGACACAUCAAAAUUUUUCGAUUUUCUUCCUGCUUGGCUUUCCAGGACUAGGUCUCCACAAAUAUCACCUAGAAUAUCAUCACCAUGACCGUCUAGGAUGCCAUCUUCAUCGACAUAGUUGAUAAGCCGUUCUAGAUGCGGGGUCCUGAGUUUGUAAUGUUUUUUGUCCUUCGGGUCCUCCCAGCACAAGUCAGACUUAUGCGGACACGAGCGGACAUUACUCGCAUGAGCUCGUAUACGCGUUCCCAAGUCGAAGGUCGUCCAGUAACAUCUCGUACUUGACUUUCCGAGUGGGGCCGAGAUAGGUGGCGAGGGACACGGGCACGCUGGGAAUCUGGAGUACGAUUGCGGGGACAUGAUGAACUCGUCAUGUACCCCGGAUCAAGCCGUGGAACAGGAUAUUUUGAAAUGUAGACUAAUUCGGAAUAUCCGGGGUCAAGGCUCGAGACCUGGAAAAAUCGGAAUGUGGGGUGCCGCCGGGGCGGAAGAAUCACAAUCCGGCAUGUUAACCCGUGCUCCGCUCGGGUCAUUCUCUUGUGCAAUAUUGCAGUGUCGACAUUUGGUUGGUAAUGGAGUCUAGUCUUGAGGACUCGCUAGCAUGCGAGUUCUGUAGAAGGUCCUUUGGCCGCCAAGAACACCUUGAUCGCCAUGUCCGCUCACAUUCAAAUCACCGCCCCUUUCGCUGUGAUGGCUGUCAUCGUCAUUUCUCACGACGAGAUACUCGAAACCGCCAUAUCGCCAUAAGCUGUCCUAAAGGGGGAGGUACUCGUGCUAGAACUUACAACAGCCGAGCAACAGCAGCAUGUGUCCAUUGCUCACGCUCAAAGAUUCGCUGCUCAACUGGAAGUCCCUGCUCUCGCUGUCAGGACAAAGGACUUAGCUGCAGCUAUCGCCUGUCAAAAGACACGAGUGGACGCUCUCGAGUUCCCAAAGUCUCUCGUGCUUCAAGCAUACAGUCAGAAUCUCCGACGGGGCAUGAUGAGGUGACAAGAGACCAAAUUCUACCUCCCCGGCUAUCACAGGGAACUGAUAAAGAAACUCAAAAAGAGUUUAUCUCCUCGGUCUCCACAGACAUAGGCAUUCAUUCUUCCACAGAUCCAUUUUCAAGUGGGCAUACAGAUUUCCGUCAGCGAGAAGGAAUGCUUUGGCAAAUUCCAGAUUUGCCAGACUUAGCGCACCUGGAUUUGCUGAUGCCGUUUGAAGACAACAGCUUCAUCGUCCCUGAGUCAAUGAAUGAAAGCUCUACUUUCAACCCAUACUCAAGCAGGGAAGGCACUCUGGAAAACGUCUUCCCACAGAGUGCUUUGAUUGACACCAGAAACUCACAUUUUCGAUCUGUUUCACAACUUUCUUUUAAGCCCGAAAUCCAAGGUUUUAAAUCUGAAGGAAUAGUUCGACCGUCCUUAUGGCGAACAAGUCGUUCAGGCUCUCCGUCUCAUGAUGGAAACUUCCCUUUGAACGCUAAAAUCGAUCACCGUACAAAAAAUGGUCACCAGUCUAUCUUAAUCUCUGACAGGGACAUCUUGGAAAUGGAUGACUAUGCUCACGUGUCAAAACUAACAUCCGGAAAUGCAAUAUUGCAGGAAAUGUUUGACUUCAUUGGCCAAGAACAACAAUAUGUUUUGGGAGGGGUUGAUUCGGAAAUCCCAGAUUUGUGCGAUGAAAAGUCGAUCAACAUUUUCAUCCAACUCUACUUUGAGUUUUUCCACCCUCGAUUCCCCAUGCUCCAUACUCCGACAUUUAAUACUUUCAACACUACCUGGCUUUUGGUCCUGGCGGUUGUUACGAUUGGCAGUCGAUACUCGAGAAUAAGUCAAGCUCAGCAGUAUGCCAAUUUCUUUGGAAAAUAUCUCAGGCGUGCCAUUACAUCUCAGGUAGAAAGAGAACCACGGCACACAUUGCGCGUACCGUUCAUUGCAGCGAUUAUCCUUAGUCAGAUCGAUAUGGCAUACAGUGGUGCGAGUAAACUGGUUCUUCAGUCUCAAUUCCAGAGAAACCUAUUGGGUACUCUAUGUCGCGGCCUUUGGGGUGGACUUGCAAAAGGAAAUUUCACCUACGCCAUUGAAAAUCCUCACGGUAGCAAAGGACCGUACUAUGAGUGGCUAGGCCGAGAGCUAGCUAUACGUGCAGUUUAUAGUGGAUGGCUUGUUGAUUGCCAGUUGAACGUAAACUGUGAUAUUUCGGCAAUAAUGAGUCUAGAUGAUUUUGAUCUCCCAUUACCAUGUCGGGAAAACAUUUGGAUUAUGACUGAAAGACAGUGGAUGAAGGCCUUUCAGGACGAAAAUUUGGAGAAUUCAACAUCACCACCCCAUAUGCAUAAAGCCUUGACUAUCUUCUCCCAGGGUGGCAACGAUGCCCCGCCUAUGGGGGACUUUGCCCGAGCGCUUACUAUGGUUGCCAUGUAUCAGCAAUCGCGAGUGAUCAUGGAAGCUGCAUUGAUCAUGUCAAAUACUACCCCGAGAUCUCGCUUACAAAACAUUCUCAACAAUCCGAUAUAUACUGCAUGGAGGGAGUCUGCUCUAAAGUCUCUUGCAGUGCUGAACCAUAACUCAAAAAACCCCAUGUUGUCGGAUUUGUAUCAUCAGCUCAUGAUUGUUGUUCACAUUCCUCUCAAAUGUCUUUGCAUUCUUGCGGGUUGGUUGUCUACGGAGGACUCAAUCCUUGAAUCAAAAAAACAACUAUCUUCUUGGAUGAAUGAUGAUCCUCCAGCUGCACGAACGACAGUCCUUCAUGCCGCUCUCUUGUUCAAGUCGCUUCGAUCAAGACCAUUAAAUUCAUACAUCGAGGGUCAUGCUCUUUUGGCUGCUACCCUCACAAUUUGGGCUUACGCAUUACUUCAUCCAGUCAGACCAGAAGGCACGCUAACCGGCCCAAUAAUCUAUCUUGACCGCCAUAUGGAUGAAGACCAAGAACGAUCGUGGAUUUUGUAUACAAACGAGAGUUCCCCUCUGUAUAUUUCGGGUGUUGGGUGUAUUCUCAAUGCUGGUGCAGCCACUCGAGUGCUUCUGGAAGCAAGGGACUGUCUAGCUCGGCAGAAUAGGGAAUGGGGGGUAUACAAUUUGUUCAUGUCUGUCUUUGAAGCAAUGGCUUCAUCCGGAACUGCGCUUAGCUUAGAUUGAUCAUUGCAUGUAAAAUUUCCAUUAUUUC